AUGGCUUCGAGCGUAUCGAUUUCCCGUCUCACCCACCUCGCGACUUCGAUUGUGGAGUCCGUGGCAGUACUAGAGGAGAUGCUGUCCAAGCAAGGAUACCCGUCCCCCACAUUCGAUGAAGAUGCCCCGGCGCUGCUGCCCAAAGACACUGUUAAGGUCAGAGACUUGAUAGUUGAUGCGGCGGCCGAGGUUCAGGAUCUACUUCAAGGUCCUUUGGAUAUUAUAUACAGGCAUGGAUCGUUCAACAACUGCGUGUCUCUGCAACUCAUUUCUCGCUUCAAGAUCGCCAGUCUUGUCCCCUCCGGUGGCAAGACUACAUACGCAGAAAUUGCCCAGUCGACUGGUCUACAAGAGAAUGCCGUGCGGCGGACUCUAAGACACGCAAUGACUAUGCGGGUAUUCCGAGAGCCUGAGCCUGGGAUGGUGGCACACACGCAAGCGUCUAAAUCGCUGAUGGAUCCUGUCGCGAAUGAUUGGGUGGGUUGUGGCACGGAAGAGAUGUGGCAAACAUCUACAAGGAUGGUUGAUGCACUACAAAAGUGGCCUGGUACACAGGAACCAAACGAGACGGCAUUCGCCCUAUUCAACGGGACCGAUGAGAGCAUUUACCAGGUUCUGGGGGAAAAUCCCAAACGAGCAAAUCGAUUUGCAAACUGUAUGAAGGCGUACAUGUCAAUGCAGGAGUACAAUGCGUCUCAUGUUGUCAACAACUAUGACUGGGAGUCCCUAGGCCCGGUCAAACUGGUCGAUGUUGGUGGAGGCACUGGACACGUUACGAUGGAGUUGACCAAAGCCUUUCCUCGUAUCUCUGUUGUUGUGCAAGACAUGGAAAAAAUGAUCGAGGGGGCCGAAGCUAACAUCCCUGCGGAACUCAAAGAUAGAUUCGAGUUCAUGGUUCAGGACUUAUUCGCCCCGCAGACUGUACAGGCUGAUGUCUAUUUCCUGCGUUGGGUUUUUCAUAACUGGACGGAUAAGUACUGCGCCUUGAUUUUGAAGGCACUCAUCCCAGCUCUAAAACCAGGCGCAAGGGUCAUCAUCAAUGAGACUUGCAUGCCCGAGCCAGGUGGAAUCGCACACUGGAGAGAGAAGUAUCUGAGGUCAUUCGACCUCGUCAUGACAGGGUGCUUCGCUUCUCACGAGAGGAGUCUUGAUGAGUGGAAGGCGUUGCUCGCAGGAGUGGACCCGAGAUUCAUCUUCCAGAAGGUGGGGGAGUCGGACGACUCUGCACUUGCAAUCAUGGAGUUUGUUUGGGUUCAAGAUUGA